AUGAUGGACCGAGAUCGAGCUGCGAGAACCGGAGGGCGAGCCGGCAUACUCGGUGACAGAUUUGGCCGCGCGAGGAGAAAAGCAGCUGCAAAAGCGAGGUACGUCUCGCAGAAGGAACGGGGCUGCGAUAAAAGGUCAAACGAGAAAGCCUGUCGGGACAUCUCUCGCAGAGGCAAGUGGGGCCGCCGCGAGCCGCGAGCCGCGAUCGGCAGCCUCGAAUUAGAGCACCCCCUAAACUUGAGUCGGCCGAUUGACGGCCGAGGUCCAGAGAUGCGAGCUCAGAUCGAUGGCUCGACUAGCCCAUCCCGUCGAAUGGUCCGAUGCCGGCUCGCUCGGCAAAAGCAUAUCCAAACCCCUCGGCCCACUUAUUUGCCGACAAAUCUCGGCGCAGCAGCAGCCCUGGGCUCGCGAGCUCUCAACAGCCCAGGAAUCAUGUCUGCAUUGAUGACGAGCGCAUGA